GGUUACUUGUGCUGAGGAGGCGUGGAUGGGUGUGAGCUCUUGCCGUCGAUUGGGGACUAGGUGCUCGGCCAGCGUAUGCUGGAAUGCGUAGGAAAAGGUUCAUCUUUGUGGCUAGCUCCUGGACCAGAUAGGUCAGACGCUCCGAUUUGGUAGGGUAGGUGAUUUGGAAUGGUGGAAAACGUCUGAUGAUUGCAUUCCGGUUGCUUCGUCUGAGCGGCGCAAAAUCUUGUUAGAUUGUUCUGCUGAUGGGAGUGAUAGAGGGACAAAUUUGAUGCGUCUCGUAUACUAGUUAGCGAAUGUGAACUUGUUUGUUGGGGAAGGAUGGGAUUUUUAGCAUUUGUAUGAAAACUUUUCUUGUACUUUCUGUAGUUCCGCUGAAGGAUAGAAGAUUGCUGCAACUUCAGUUUAGGUCAUGGUAAUGCUGCAACGAAAUUUGAAAUGCAUGCACAUGGACAUGGUUGGGAUUUAUUUGGUGUUCUAAUUGGCGGUGUUGAUAUGUGAGCUUAUUUUGUUGGCAAAGGAUAUGUGGGUUUGUAAACUUACAAAUACUUCUCGCAUAACCAUAUGAGAUGUACUGCAGUGGCUUUCCAGGAAUGCAACCGAGAGCCUGGACAUCCUUGCACAGUACUGGCAGUUCUUAGCGCAGCCCAACAAUCCGAAAUCGGGGGAUUAUGGGUACUCCGAUAGUGACAUGAAGAGAUUUGGGGCUGAUGAGGGGCACCGGGUUUACAAGGCAUUGGAGAAUGCUGCAGAUCGUAAGAUCAAAAUCAGGAUUGUGCAACACUCUGGAUUUGCUCCUGAUUUUGACCAAGAGAGUGCUGAUCUAGCUGCAGGAAGACCAAAUGUUCAGAAUGUAACCCUUCUUUUUGAGAAGUGGUGGGGAUCUGGCGUUGUGCAUGCAAAAGUCUGGAUAUCAGAUAAAAAAGAUGUGUAUAUAGGAUCAGCAAACAAUGAUUGGAAAUCCCUAACCCAGGUCAAGGAGCUUGGGAUUUAUUUUGCUGAUUGUCCACAAGUAGCAAAAGCUGUGGAAGUAUAUUUUCAAAAUCUUUGGUCGCUUUCAACCCUCAACUCAACUACUUAUACCAAAGUAGCUUGGGAUAAGCAGUGGCAGGUUUCUAGAAAGGUUCCAUGCUGGUCACAUUUCCUACAGCCAAAACAAAGAUGCAGGUCACCCAUACCACUUUCUGUUGACAUCCCAUAUACAGAUGGAUAUCCGGUACUUGCCAAUCCUGAAAUGAUUGAUGUUCCAUUUGAAACCCCUGGGUAUAAGAAAUCCACUCAGGAGCACUACUUGAGCUACCUUUCCUUUGCUCCACCUGAGGUGACAUUUGACAAAUUCCAAGCAGAUGAGCAGGGUUGGGUUGACACCAUCAAGUCUGUCAAGAUUGGGGGAAUUGUACGAAUGAGUACUAUGGAUUGGCUCGGGCAGUCACAGUAUGCUACUCAAACAGUCUACUGGCCAUCCUUAUCAUCAGCAAUCUCAGAGGUAGUGUUCUCAAAGAAUGCAACCGUGAGGCUUCUUGUUGCCUACUGGACACACUUCAUCCCAAACACCGAAAAGUACUUGAAGAGCCUUCUAUACUCCAACAUCCUCUGCGCAUCUUCAACAUACAACCACUGCGGCGGCAAGGUCGAGAUCAAAUACUACACGGUUCCUGGGUACAACGAGACCGGACCUGCAUUGUCGCAGGACGGCGCCGCGACAGGCAACCGUUACCCUGGCUUCACCCGGGUGAACCAUGGCAAGUACGCUGUCAGCGACGAGAGGGCGAACAUCGGUACCAGCAACCUCAUCUGGGAUUACUUCUACACCACGGCGGGAGUGAGCUUCGGAACAUACAACCCCUCCAUCGUCUCGCAGCUGCAGGAUGUCUUCGAUGCGGAUUGGUACUCGCCUUAUACUGUACCGGUUGAACCGCUGGAGGCGUCGGCGUCAGUGUAGGAUCAGCUCUGUUCAACGUUAUCUUUUUGUCUUUUCCCUUUCUUCAUCGCGUAGAGUCAAUAAAGAAAAAAAAUCAUCCAAGAGGAGGGAUUCACACCACACACAAUACCACCACCAAGAUUUUUUGCGCUUGUUUCAUGCAGUCUGCUUUUAAAAAGAAAUCUCAGAGAAUAAGCUGUCCCAGUGAUAGUUGCACCUGCCAAAUGUACAAAUGUAAGUAUUUCACAGUUCCACUGAAACUUUUGGGUUGAGUGACUUUGGAAUAUACAAUACAAGCAUUUGUGAGCGUCGGUUUGUUCAACAA